UCGCUAUAUGUGUACUAGUAGCAUUUUGUACUUCCAUGUGCUGGUAAAUGCACUGAAGAUAGCAUGUACCUACUAUAGGAGGUACACGCACCAACUCAUCUUCUAACUAGCGCGUUUUAGAGUUAUGGCUGCAUACCUGUACGGAUUAUGUAGGUACAAGAGCCUUACGAAACGUACCGUGGGGCUGCUGGAUAACGGACGAUGGCCCCCAGAAGAGCCGCUAUGAACAAUGAAAGUUCACACUAUUUACGCCAGCAUCUAGAAACACACCACUUAAAGCACGGCAACCCUUCUAGUCGCUUUGAUCGUCGCCGCGCUUCACGAUAUAGCGGAUACUUGGAUGCUUUGCAGGGGGAACGUCCCUUCGCAUUGACUUCUCCUUGACCGGGAGCUCUCGAUCCUUAUGUACAAUACCAAUAUACGUUCGCUUGCUUAGCUCUGAUGUAUUUCUUCGCUUGACGAGGCACGAUGGGAAUCGGCACGACGUUUCCUUAUUUUGAAGGACAGCAAAGCCCGGAAUACGAUAUACAAUGGAGAACACACCUCCAGCUCACAUGCAAACCCAGAAUGCGUCAUCGCCCGAUAUAGCAACAGGAGGACGCAAAAGGAGUGGUUCUGGGGGGAGCAUCCUCUCCAAGUUCCCCUUUUUGCGCACAUCGGAUAGCAAAGCCGGUCUCAACGAAUCGCGCCAUGCCGAGAAUUUCCAAGACCCUUCUAGUAAACCGCCCCGCGCACUCGCUGCUACUUUCCAACAACAAAAGACUCGCAGGCGCAAAGGAUCGCUUCGGAAAGUUGCCCUGUUAGGUCGCGGCGCGGCGCGAGAAAAGCGGGAGCUCAAGCCUCUUGCUAUCGAUACAUCACAAACCACGCAGUCAAUCCCCGACCCAGGUACCACUCCCAAGCCUCAAAUCAUGGCGGCAGACGAGAGUCUCGGCUUAGGGAUCUCUGACCUAACACCGCGACCAUCUAUGGAUGGCUAUGCUACGAGAGAUAACCUCUCGAUAUCUUCGCUACAAUCUCUCGAUAACGAAUCACACCUCACGAGCCCUACCAUAUCGUAUACUUCUACCACAGACGAAGAGGAUAUCCUUUCAAUACCUAUCCGCGUCCCCUCGCCUCUCCGUCCGGAACUCUCCCCAGCAUCGUCCGGCUCCGACUCCUACUUCCAAAACCGCGCGCCCUCUCUUCAACGGCGGCGCUCGAUCAAACAUGCAAAAUCGCCUUUAUCGCUCCAAGGCCUAACAGCCAGCCCGCUUCCCGCGGCGCACGAAAACCACGAUUACAGCGAGACGGAGUGGUGGGGAUGGGUCGUGCUGAUCGUGACGUGGUUCGUGUUUGUGAUAGGCAUGGGUUCCUGCCUGAACGUCUGGAGCUGGGCUUGGGAUGUAGGAACGACCCCAUACGCACCGCCGGAGCUCGAGGAUGACCCAACGCUGCCUAUAGUCGGGUACUACCCGGCGCUGAUUAUAUUGACUUGUAUCAUGGCUUGGGUAUGGGUCGUCGUGGCGUGGAUAGGCAUGAAAUACUUUAGACAUGCCAAAAUAAGCGGCGAUUGACCCUUUGAGCG